AUGAACGUCAAGCCGCACAAACAGUCCAUGUCCGAGCUCAAGCUGCGCAGGCUCACCGAGCACAACCAGCGGCUCAAGGAGGAUCUCGAACGUCCGCGCAUCCGCGUCUCGGAAGCCAGCCAAAGUCUGAUCAACUACUGCAAGGGCACGCGCGAUUACCUCGUGCCCUCGGUGUGGGGACCUGUUAGCAAGGGCGAGGAUCCCCCGCCGCUCUUCUUUGUCUCUGCAUCGCCUUUCCUGCAUCUACACUCGCAUUGCUUCCCGUCUCCAAGCUUGGCCGUGUGUGAUGAGAGUCCUGAGGCAAUGGGCUGUGUGUACGAGGUGAGAAUGAUGAGCUGGGCCAAAGUGCAGGGUCGAAGCGAUGUGGAGAGCAGGUGGAAAAUUCUAGACGCCAUCGCUGAUCACGAGCAACGCCCACAGGGUUUUCCUCCCACCACCAUCCCGCUACGCAGCACUCGAGGAUUCUUCAGCUCGGAGAGGAUCGGAACGCAUGGCAAGACACAUGGCUCGGUCAUGACGAUCACCAACCCGUGGUCGUGGCGUCGGCUGGCGGAUGCGUGGAGUCAACCCGCCUCCGCGCGUGCAGUUGUCAAGCCACGCGCAAGAAGGGUGCAGCAUAUCGAGACCAUCGGCGGCGGCGCAACGCCCACGACCGUACCUCUGGCGGCAAGGUUACCCACCGAGCUGGUGGUGCAUAUUGUGCUGAUGGCCGCCGACGAUGCGUCUACACGGCAGCGGUUGGAGCUGGCACGUGUCAGUCGGGCUUGUCACCGCGCCAUCCUAUCGACGCUCCUCCUUCCCAACGUGCGUCUGUAUGCAGAUCAGCUCCGAGCGUUUGCAAUCGCGCUCGACAAGAACCGGCUCGGCAUCCGCGAUCUGGCCCGAAUGCGCGUGCGCAGGCUAACGAUACGAGCGGGAAAGGUGGAGGGAUUGUUCGAUGCGUCGCAGGCGCAGGUGCGGUUCGAACGGCACAUGCUGCCCUUCCUGCGUCUAGCCUUGGGGUACCUCGACGCAGUGCAAGGGCUGGUGGUGCAGGGAGUGCCGAAAGGGCUCGAGCUAAGCGGCCUGCGCGAGAUGGCGUGCAUCAUGGGGCAUUGGGGCGGCGAUGUCCAGCGCGGCUUUUGGCAGCCCCAAAGCUGGACCGAGCUAAGAGACUUGCAGCUGCAUGGACCGCAUUUCAGACUGACGCCGCAAACAGCAGCGACGCUGGCAGCACUACCCGCGCUCAAGAGGGUCGCACUCGUGGUACCGGCGAUCGUCCCGCAGGCGUCGGAUGUGGAAGGACUCCAAGUGGCGGGUCGGAUCAACCCACUCCAGGUGCUGCUGGAUAGGUCUACGUCGUUGGAGGUGCUGCUGCUUGUAGCACAUGCGGAACGGGACUACGUCGGAUAUGCAGAGAGGUACAGAGCCUGGUUGCGGACAUUGCGCAAGUCAGCGGCGCCACAAGCAACGAUCCAGAUGGUCACCGUAUUCCGCACCGAGGCAGCGGCGGGCAGGAUGCAUCCGUGCGAGGUGAGCGACUGGAUGAUGCACCGCGCUCAACACCGACAACACUGGUUCGAUACCGAGUCGACACAGCCAGACGAGGCGCUCGAAUACGUGCUCGAGCGCUUUGAGCCGGCCUCGCCGGCAUCAUCAUUGCCGACCAGCACCACCGGUGGAUCGACGCCGUUUGGGAUAUCAACUCCACACGCCCGGCGACAAGAGGACCUCAUAGACCCAGCAGAGCUGCUCGCCGACGAGAGCGACGACAACUAG